AUGCCUAACAUUAAGUUAGCAAGCUCUGAUGGUGAGAUUUUUGACGUUGAUAUAGCGAUUGCUCGACAGGCGGUGACAAUCAAGACCAUGCUAGACGAUCUCGGAAUGGAAGAGCAAGGAGAGGAGGAACCUGUUCCCUUGCCUCGUGUGAACGCGGGAAUUCUUCGAAAAGUCCUCCAGUGGUGCACUUACCAUCGGGAUGAUCCACCUCCACAGGAAGAUGACGAGAACAAGGAAAGACGCACGGACGAUAUUCCCAGCUGGGAUCAGGAGUUUCUACGCGUUGAUCAGGGAACGCUAUUCGAACUCAUGCUUGCAGCUAAUUACUUGGACAUUAAAGGACUGCUGGAUGUCUGUUGCAAAACAGUAGCCAAUAUGAUCAAGGGAAAAACUCCAGACGAGAUAAGAAAAACAUUCAAUAUCAAGUGUGAUUUUACACCGCAAGAGGAAGAGCAGGUAGAUCUUUACUGGAGAAUAACUUUUUGCGGUACCCGAAUCCUGCCUUAG